AUGUGCAUAGAACCCUGUUGUCCUUACCAUCUUAUUUUGAAAGGUGUCCAAAGUAUCUCGAAUUCUUUGAGGAUCGUGUGCGGAAAGGAGAGAGAAGACGACGAAUGGCACCCAAGGCUGACGCAUACUCUACAAGAGCUCAAACCAUCUCAACUUUCAAACCUUGGUAUCGCCUUGCCUUACGUUUCAACUGCAAUGCGAAUGACAACAUGUGUAACACCAGACCCAUGCCUAAAUGGAGGGACCCGCAUCGUAGAGGGCGGUGUUUAUCGAUGCCUGUGUGCAGGGGAUCAUGUUGGACAAUACUGCCAAUCUUGCCGAGUAAACUGGAACAUGCAUCGUCCAAUAGGCAAGCUAUUCUACGACGCGUUCCGCCCCCUUGGUGGAAAAACAAGACUGUCAUUCAAAAUCCGAGGAAUUAACUCAUUUAUAUCAAUCAAACUCGAAAGUGACUGGUAUGCCAUUUUUGGAAUAUGCAAUGGCUCUGCCAUUCGAUACGCUACCAUACAUAUGAUGAAAGACCUCGUGUGGAGCCAAAACAAAAGGUCUGAUCCUCUCUCGUUUCGGUGCGGCACAUCAAGAUUCGAAUCGUAUUGGAUUGAAAAGACCGAUAGCCACUUUCAGCUGGGACUUGGUGGGAACUCGACUCCGGUUGUGGAAAUGCCAUGGAGCAGACAAGAGGUCAUUGCCAAAAUCGGCUUGAGUAUCAACCGUGAUACAGAGUGGAGGGUAGACCAUCCUUGCAUUCGUUAGCAAAGAUUGGGAGAGGCUUAUUCAGAUAAUCUGAACCGGCGAACAUCACCCGUACCAUCAUCAUCAUUAUCAUCAUCAUCAUCGUCGUCGUCGUCAUCAACAUCCUCAUGUAAUCACCA